AGGGCACACUUCUUGCUGCUGCAGUCAAACGCAAAUAAGUCACAAUCAAUGUGGGCGGCCUGUGUCAGCCUGUCGUGCGAGGCGCACGUCACCGGGUGGUGCACUUAUCUCCUGAAUCAGGCUGAGGGGCUUUGCUGUGAACACAAGGACAGUCCUCGCCAUGGGACCCAGCUGGCGCAUCUGCGGAGGUUGGACCUUGAGGAAUGAGGCCCUGGCGAGAGGGAUGAGCACCUGGCUCCUGGUCUGCACCAGGCUCGGCUUGGGGGCCCCGCCGGUGCCGGGGGAAGGAGGAGGGCUCGGGCCUGGAAGUUUCACCUGCCUCACCAACAACAUCCUCAGGAUUGACUGCCACUGGUCUGCCCCAGAGCUGGGCGGGGACCCCAGACCCUGGCUGCUCUUCACCAGCAACCACCAGCCGGGCAGCAGGCACAGGUGUGUCUUCAGGGCCAAUGCGUGCACCCUGGUGCUACCACCCGAGGAGAUUCUUGUGCCCUCUGACAACUUUACCAUCACUCUGCACCGUCACAUCUCUGGGAAGGAGCAGGUCAGCCUGGUGGACCCCCAGUACCUGCCCCGGAGACACGUGAAGCUGGACCCUCCCUCUGACUUGCAGAGCAAUGUCAGCUCCGGCUCCUGUGUCCUGGCCUGGAGCAUCAGCCCUGUCUUGAAGCCGCUGGCCCCACUGUUCAGCUACGAGCUGGCCUUCAAGAGGCAGGAAGAGGCUUGGGAGCGGGCUCGGCGGAAGGACCGCAUCCUGGGGGUGACCUCGCUCAUCCUCGAAGCCGUGGAGCUGGACCCUGGCUGCGUCUAUGAGGCGAGGCUGCGCGUCCACAUGGCCACCCCGGAGGGCACGGUGGCCGAGGAGGAGCGCUACGAGGGCCCCUGGAGCGAGUGGAGCCAGCCUGUGUUCUUCACCUCCCCUCAGCGGCAAAGCCCCCUGAUCACGCCUGCCGGGCAGCCCAACAGCACCCUGGUUGCUGUGUCCGUCUUUCUCCUGCUGACCAGCCUCACCUAUGUCCUGUUUAAGCUGUCACCCAGGGUGAAGAGGACCUUCUACCAGAACGUGCCCUCCCCAGUGGCGUUCUUCCAGCCUCUGUACAGCGUGCACAACGGGAACUUCCAGACCUGGACGGGCACUCGCAGAGCUGGCAUGCGGCUGAGCCAGGACCUUGGUGGGGCUGCAGCAGGAGCCUCGGAGCCCAGUGUCCGAGACGCCAUUGCGUUGCUCACCUACGACCCGGUGGAUCCCUGGCCCUUUGUGGGCCUGGAAGACGAGAGCACUGGCACUGGCCUCCCAGCGGAUGUGUUGCCAGUGGCCCUGGAGUGGGGAGGGCAGCCGCCUGCCUACCUGCCCCAGGAGGAAUGGGUCGCUCUGAGCCCCAGCAGGCCAGCUCCGCCACAGUCAGAGGGCAGCAGUGCUGACUACUGUGCCCUGGGCUGUUACGGGGUAGGCCACCCUUCACCUUUCCCGGGAAUCACACAGAGCUCUGGACCCAUCCAGCCCUUGGCCUGUGAUCUUCCCUGUGACCCGCAGAGCCUGGAUGCCAGGCAAGGAGGCAGCCAUGUGGGAGCUGGUCACCAUCAGAGGCAAGACCCCGGUGAAGAGGCUGCAUAGGGACCUGCGGGUGUUCCCAUCCUCCUAUCCUUGGCAGACAGUAGGCUCGGCCCUAAAGUUCUGAAGCUCUGACUCGCCAGCUGCAUCAGGUCCACUUUGGGGAAAAUGGACCGAAGUCUCUGGAGCCGACCCUCCUGCAGAGGGCUGCUUAGGCAGUGGCCAGACACGCUGUCUGGACGGAGGCAGGGCCCCUUCUCCCUCCUUCCUGCCUAACGCUGGGGAAGGGCCUCUAUGCUCAGCAUCCUGCCCACCAGCCGCCCCCAACCCCACCACUUCCCUCCCUGCUUUGACCCCAGGCUCCUCUGAGAAGGGGGCUGCUCUCCACAGCCUGCUCUGCCCUCACCCCCUACAGGGCCUGCCUGGGCCCAGAGGACACAGGCGAGAUGCUGUGACCAGGCUGAGUAUCCCCGUUUCGUGCCUUCCUGAGGCUUCUCCUGCACCGAGAUUGAAGGCAUUUAGUAGCUGUUCCAAGCUGCUGGUAGCUGGGAGGGGCCCAGAAGAGGGUAGGGACGUGGGCUGUGGCCAUUCCCGGGCUUUCUGCGCUCUAGGAACAGCGAAGUGGAGGCUCAGUGACCUGCUCCGUCUGAGGCCGACUCCUGCCCUUCCUCGUCCUCAUCCCACUGUGGGCCCCGUGAGGCUGAGAGCUGUGGCCAAAGCCAGGCUGGAAAUGGCCACCCAGAGUGGCCUUGGCCUGUGCAGGGCCGUGCCUCUGACCCCCACACCUGCGGAGAAGUGGUGGGUAGAGCCGAGGAUGCCUGUAUCGGUCCCCAAGGCCUGCCACAGCGGAGCGCCACGAACUCGGCAGCUUAGAACAGCAGGAAUUUGUUGUCUCUCGGUUCCGGAAGGUCAAGUCUGAAGUCUAGGCGCGGGCAGGCUGGGGAGACGCGCUGGGAAGGCCUGUUUCAGGGCUCGCUCGGCUUCUGGGAGCUUCUUGGCUGGGGACAGCCUCGUACCAGUCUUCACAAAGCGUUUUCCUUGUGGGGGUUUGUCCAUCCGAAGUCCCCCUUUUACAGCGACACGGUCACAGCGGUUUGGGGCUGAUCCAAAGGACUUCAUCUUGACUUGCCAUCUGAAGGACCCUGCUUCCAUAGCAGGCCACGCUCACAGGCCCUGGAGAUGAGCACUGGAACGUGUGAAUUUUCCGGGACCACAACUCAACCUGUGACAGCAUCUCUGCCUCUGUCGGCGAUCUCCACCCCCGCUGGCUCAGGCCCCGUGGACCCUCCUGGGGCACCCCCGUCACCCCGACUGCGUGCCCGAGGAAGAAGGCCCUGUUCCCGCCGGCUGCUGGGCUUGGGAUGGGUGCUGGGACCACCUGCCAGGUGAGGGCUGGGACGAAACUCUAAUGGAGCUGAAGGUGCUAAAGCUUUGAAACUAGGGUACAGGGGAGGCCUGUCUCUCUCUGGGUGCUGAGUAUCUGUCUGUCCAGUGUCUCCUGUGGCCUGGGCAGAAAAAAACACCCACAGCCCUAACUCCCAGAGGAAAAGGCCCCUUCUGGCUCAGACAGCACCCCCUCCCCGCUGUGGGCCUGCAGAGCUUCCGAGGACUUGUGGGGAGCCUCGGCGGAGCCGGAUUCUGGUCAGCAGGGGCGAAUCGGGACCCAGAAGUAUCUUUAGUAUCCAGAGAGCAGGAGGGGUGUGGGCGGAAGUGAGGGGCAGGCACCCUUAGCUCUGACCGAGUAUAAAAAUACUAUGGCGAACACACUUCCUGGGCUGACCCCUGGAGAGCCCCAGGCGGGUGUAUUUGUAACAGCAUCUGCAUGGCUUGUGCAGCUUCACAUGGGACCUGAGCCACCUACGUGCUUAGCCAGUGACCCCCACAGCUGUGGACAGUGUCCAUGUGAUUCGCGCGGUUUCUCUGGAGAGCUGACGACUCAGGGCUGGAACUUGAGCGCACAGCCAGGCGGAGGCCGUGUGCCCGACUGCAGCCGAGUCUCCCCGGCCGCUUGGGUCCAGCAGGCUCACGACGCUUCGCAGAGUUGCCGUGAGUUCACCUGAGCAAGAUGCCCGCACACUGUGGGGCUCAGCAGACACUCAUUUCCCUCACUGCGGGGAGACAGCCCUCGGAAGCCCCGGCCGAGGUCUACUGCACGGCUGGGGACAGCUCGGAGGCCCCGUGAGCCUGAGGAGGGCAGUGACUGUGGGACGUCUGGGAAGGAGUCACUGAGAAGGUGGCCUGGGGAGGGGACUGUGGCACUGCUCGUGAGUUGAGGAGUUGAGUGGACAGCGUGGCUGUAGCCCAAGUGUCCACAGUGUGGUUGGUCAGCCCCCUGGCGGCAGGUGGACCUGGGGGAGUGGUGGGCCCCGAAUGCCAGGCUGAGGGUGCAGUGAGGGGAGCAGAACGCCUUGGGGUGGUUUCUUUAUUCUUUGUUUUUCAAUGAGGUAAAAUUCGCAUUAUAUAAAAACCAACUGUUUUUUAAAAAUUCUCACCCAAGGAUGUCUUUGUUGACUUUAGAGAGGGGGGGGGACACCGAUCAGGUGCCUCCCGAAUGCAUCGAACAUAGGUGUCCGCCCUGAACGGGAAUCAAACCCACCUCCUUUUGGUGUGAGGGAUGUUGCAGCAGACAGUGAAGCCACCAGCCAGGGCAAAAUCAACUGUUUUAAAGUUGCAAUUCAGUGGCAUUUAGUACAUGUAUAAUAUUUGUACAACCAUCACCUUGAUCAAGUUCAAAAAAUGCCCAUCACUCCCAAAAGGGAAUUCCCUGAACGACAAGCAGCCGCUCCCAUCCCGUCCGCCCUCUGACAACCUCUGACCUCCUCUCAGUCCCUAUUCUGGUUGUGCCGUAUAAAUGGAAACAUAAUAUGUGACGUUUGCGUUCAGCCUCUUUCUUCUAGUAUAAGAUUUUUGGGAUUUUCCCACGUCGAAGUUUUGGUACCUUGCUCCUUUUUGUGGCUGAAUACAGGGUAGGGCAAAAGGAGGUUUACAGAUAUUCAUAGAGAGAAUAAUACAAUAAUUAAUAAGCAAUAAUACCAGGAUAAACUCUCCCCCCCCAUAAUAUGCGCUGCAUGGAUGCACCACAUCGCGUUGAUCAUUUAUCUGUUGAUGGACAUCUGGACUGUUUCCACAU